CUUGAACUAAUCAACAAGCCCUCCGAGGCUUGCCGCUCGCAGCCGCUCGUUCUCCUCCUCUCCUUGUGUUCUUGGAGUUCCUGUGUUCUCCCCCCCCUCCACCCACAGUGGGAGUGGGAGUGGGUGUGUCGAUGCGAACCAGUGUAGCCUCCUCGCUGCCUGUGCGCACUCUGAAAAAGAGGAAAAAGUUGACGAUGAGUUCAGAGUGAGAGCGGCCCGCCUCGGAGCAGGCCAACCGUCGGGGAAUGGCAGUCUGGACCAGAGCGGACAAAAACGGCCAGCUGGACCUUCUGCUCCGCGACCGCUGGAUCCGAGUGGCGGCCGAACUCACGCGGGAAACGCUGACUUUAACUGCCGAGGCGGAGGCGAGCGGACAGGGGGGAAAUCACUGGGACUACCCGCCGGCUGGCCUCCGAAAUGGCAUGUCGAACGGAAACGACCCUGGAUCGAGCCCGGGGAACCCUGGUCGCGGUUCCUCCUCGGGUCAAGACCAACUUCAGAAUCAGAAUCACGUGGUUCGGGGACGCAGUAGCAGCCCGGGUCGAGGAAGCGUCAGCCGGAGUCAGUACGAUGGAAACUACGGUGUGAACAGUUCUGGGAAGUACCCGGUGAACGGCGCAAACUCUGACUUCGGGAGCCCCGGCUCCGGCUACGGGAGUCCUGGGUCAAGCUUCGGGUCGAGGCAAGGCGACCCCCCGGUCAACUUAGACGGCUCCUCCGAAGCGGUGCGGAAAGUCCGAGUUGUCAAACAAGAGUCCGGCGGGCUGGGGAUCAGCAUCAAGGGAGGGCGGGAGAACCGGAUGCCCAUCCUCAUCUCCAAGAUCUUCCCGGGGCUCGCCGCUGACCAGAGCCGUGCGCUCCGGGUGGGCGACGCGAUCCUAUCCGUGAAUGGGAACGACCUCCGGGAGGCGACCCACGACAUGGCGGUCCAGGCGCUGAAGAAGGCCGGGAAAGAAGUCACGCUAGAGGUGAAGUACAUCCGCGAGGUGUCUCCGCUCUUCAAGAAGCCGUCCCUGGUGGCCGACCUGCAGUGGGACGGCGUCCGCCCACAGUCCCCCAGCUACAGCGGCAGCGACGACUCUGGGUCACCCAAGCACAGCAGCUCAUUGUCCUCGUCCAAAGACAGGAAGGUCAUCAGCCUGAAGAUGUGCUUCAUCAGCAGAAACCUCACCAUGCCUGAUCUGGAGAACAGGCUGCUGGAGCUGCACUCCCCAGACGGCCAGCACACCGUGGUGCUGCGCUGUAAAGACGGAGCCACAGCCAACUCCUGGUUCACUGCCAUACACACCAACAUAGCCGCUCUCCUGCCGCAGACGCUGGCACACAUCAACGCCUACCUGGGGGCCUCGUCUGCAGCCACCACACACCCCCACCUUAAACACAUUGGCUGGCUGGCUGAACAGAUUCAGCUGGAAGGCGGACGGCAGCAGUUCAGGCCGGUCGUCAUGGCGCUGACGGAAAAAGACAUCCUGCUGUUUGACUCGGUGCCGUGGAGCAGAGAGUCCUGGUCCAUGCCUCUGCUCACACACCCGCUGCUCGCCACCAGACUGGUUCACUCCGGCAGCGCCAGGGGUUCUCCGUCCCACGGCUCAGACCUGGUGUUCGCCACCCGGACCGGCACCGGGCGCGGCAUCGAGUCGCACGUCUUCAGAGUGGAGACUCACUGGGACCUGUCCACGUGGACGCGCGCUCUCGUUCAGGGGGUGCAUGCCGCAGCUGAGCUCAUCAAGGAGGUCUCCAUCGGUUGCACGUUGAAUAGACAGGACGUCCGGCUCACGCUGCACUACGAAAAGGGCUUUACUAUUACAAGGGAGCCAGCUGACCAAACAGGGGGCGCUGUUCUCUUCAGGUACCCCUACGAAAAGCUGAAAAUGUCCGCCGACGAUGGAAUACGCAAUCUUUACCUUGACUUUGGUGGUCCAGAGGGAGAAAUGGUGUUCGACCUCCACUCGGGUCCAAAGCCGGUGGUCUUCGUCCUCCACUCCUUCCUGUCAGCCAAGCUCACCCGCAUGGGCCUUCUGACGUGAACUAGCCGACUCACUUCAGCCACAGACGGAAGGAUUUACGUUUCACAGCCGAUUUUAUGUUUAUUUUUUUUCCCACUUUCUCGACUCACGGUUGAGGUUAGGCCUGCCGGCGGCGCUGCAGGGAAAGUUUAAAGCACGAGUCGUUUUGUUGAUUGUCUCAGAAAUGUGCCUUCCAGCUCCCCCUCUCAGCCUCUCGUAAUCAUGUGCGCUGCAAAGUUGAUGUAAAAGGAAGGAGCGUUUCGCUUUGGGUCGGGAGGAUUAAGGAAGCUACUUCAACGUGCAAAAAGUAGGAGUUGAUCAAAUCUCUUCACAUUCCACACAGCAAAGUUUAAACCUGGUUGUAGUGGGCUGAUGUAAAAGACCGCAGCACUAGAGGUUUUACUGAAAACCUCAGUCAGGAGGGCUUUUGUAGAUACAAAACAGAGUUAAGCACAAACUAGUCGAUUUUCCCUGUUUUUUCUCUGCCUAUCAUUCCAUUACAGCCUUUCCAUGCAGCUGGGCUCUUUUUAACUCGUGUUUGUCUUUGUGUCAGCCUGUGCUAGGAAGGUGUUUUAGAGUCGCAGUGCAGUCACCUGAGCAGAGAUGGUGCGAACGGUGUGGCUCCAUACUACAAGCUAGAGACGGUGUGACCGCACGUCAUCCCUAACUGCUGUUUGUAAUCAGGAUCGCCAGCUGUGCCUUUUUAACUUGUAGUCAAUGACACUCUUUAUAAGGUUUCCUUUUAUACUCCACGUUAUAAGAGCUUUGACCAUGCACAAGCAAUAGUAUUGCUCUGAUAGUGUAAACCAUGUUACUGUGUUUUAUAAGUGUAUAUCUUUCCCAUGAAAGCAUGACUCUUAUCAACAAUCAGAUUAUAAGUUACUUCUCCUUUCAGCUACAACUCCCCCUUUUCCCCAUUCUGUUUAUUUAUCCAAGUUGCUUAAAAUUACCUCUUUUUUUCCCCCUCCUUCUCUACUACAACUUCAGCAGCGAGUUAUGGUAUAAAAACUUGUCCGACAGGCAUGCCAUCAUGUGACAGAGAUAUGAAUGUAUUCCAAGGGCCGCUUCAUUCUUCCUUAAACCUAUUUUAAACUUUUCUUUACUUUUCCCUCGACAAAGAUCAUCCAAACAAGCUCUCUUAUUUUGUAAAGUGGGCAAAAGAUUUUGCCAGCUUGUCACACGACAAAUGUUGGCCACAUUUCACACCACCAACUGCGAAAUUCACUGAUUUUUCCAUCAACACAAAAAAUAUCUACUUUUAAAAAAAAAAAGCAGUUUUCAGGAUGAAUCACCUCAAAAGUUUAUAUUGAAAAUAAUUGAAACUACAGCCUUGUUGCUGAUUAUUAAUAAAUUCAAAUCAGGCUUGUCCCUAAAUAACCUCAGUUUUAAAAGUGUGUUUUCAAAUACAGCAAAAAAAAGUCAUCAGAUUAACAAAAGCUGAUCUGACUGUCUUUGUGUAAUUGUAAAAAGGACAUGUUUCUCUAAAAUUAACUGUUUAAAAAGAUACAUGAUUUUUAUUGCUCUCAUAAAAACAAGAGAAAAACAGAUACUGAUCUUAACUGUAAAUGUACUUUAAAUAAAUUGCUAGUCUCCUAUGUUAUCUUGAAAUAUAACAUACUGGUUUACUUAUGUUAUAUAGACCAUAUAAAGUUGCCUGACCUGACAAAUAGGAGUUUUUCUACAGAGUUUAUCAUUCAUGCUAAGCUAGGCUAGUUCAACUAGAAGUUAAGUUUUGCUUUUAGCAGGACCUUUUAUUUGAUCUAAAUUUUGAUCAAAGCCAUAAAUGUUUUUAAAGACUUUUACUCUGUUAUGCAAUAUAAAUUUGAAUCAUUUCCAAAAAAAAAGAACAUUUAAAAGUUCUUAUCACUUGUUAAUUGUAAAAAUCUCAUUUAAAAAGAUAAUGUAGCAUCAGUCAAGCUAUUACUCGACUGAAUGCUAGCUGAGCCUAGCUUUGAGCAGAUUUUAAACUUAAACUAGUUCCGGUUCAAAGUGUGUUUAAUUUGGGUAUUAUAGUCCUCUACUUAAAAUGCUUAUAACAUUAGGACAAUAUGACAUAUAACACAAUAUUAAAACAAUCUAGACUUGAGCAACAUGCUCUGAAUAAAGCUUUGUCACCAUUUUUUAUACUUGCAAUAUUAUAACAACAACUGUUUAUGUCCAAAGACUUUGUGGUCUUUUAGUUUGUAAAUUAGGAUAAGGACAUGUUAAAGACAGUGAGAUGUGAUUGAAAAGGUUUGGAAACAAGCUUAAUCAAUGGUGGCAAGGUGUACAAAUUUUGUAUAAUUAUCAUUUACACACAGGCAUCAUCUGGGACUGGUUCAUGUUUCUGAAGUUCCCCCUCAGUGUAGCCUCAGUUCUGUUAGACCUCAGACAAUGUCCCAUUGUGUCCACUGACUGUGCACCGCAGGAAAACCAGAUAAACCUCUCUGUUCUCAGAACGAGGUCUGUCCGGCAUGUCUGACCUCCAUACUGUAGGAAAACAGCAUUUUUAGAAAGUGAAAACACAUUUCUGUCCAGUUCCUUUUUGAACAGUUUAAGCCUUAUUCAAAACAAGUUAAUGUUAACGGUGUUUAAGCAGAAGUAGACUCUACUUCCUUUACUCCACUCAGCAUAAAUGAGUGGAGUAACUCCUGCUACAUUGUUGAGCAUACAGUAGAGAUUGUUCUUGAGGCUGUUGAUGUGACGUCUGCUUAUAUAGCUGUGACCUUAUAAUUGUGUUAAUUUACUCAAUAAGCUUCAGGUUUUCCUGUUUUUAAUUGAUGCACUCGCCUGGCAAAACCCUUUAAACCUUUGAAUGUACACUUUAACCUUCCUCUUUUUUUCUUCUUAUGAAAUCAUGGCAUUCCUGUCUAUGCAAAUUAACGCUUCAAAGAGAGGGUUUUAUUAAACCAAAGGUAUUAUCUGUGGCAGCUUGCGUCCUACACAAUCAUAAGACUGAAAAAAAUACUGUGCUGCUGCAACAACUUGUCAUAUGCAAAGUAUUUUAGAUACCCUUCCAAAAUACAGUAUACAAUGUACAAUACCAAUGUAGUUACUUUAUGUGUAAAUAUCAAUAAAACUGUAAAUUGAAUGUU